AUGUUCAGACAACAAACUUUAGAUAAACAUAGUAAUUAUCGUAAAGAACAUUAUUCACAAUUAUUAACAUUAAGUGAAAAUCUAAAUGAAUUCUCUCAAGACUAUACAAAUAGAUUAGCUACAUUUGGUGAAACAGCGCCAAAUUAUAACGAAAUUAGAAUGGAAAAUCUAUAUUAUCAAGUACUUAGUUAUAAAUUACAAGCUAAAUAA